GAAUUAGGAGAGCAUCAUUAAACUCAGAGCUGCAUGUGCUACCUAGAACUUACUGCCUAUGGAUGUACCUACAUAAUAGCCACUGACACAGCACCUACCGACCGUGGGCCGUGGUAGACCUACAUAUAUGUACAGUACAAUACAGUACCGUACCUUACCUCAUUCAAGUUCUUUAUAAACAACUGAACCUUAGCACUUGAGAUCUCCACUCAUCGCAAACAGUCUACUGUACAUACUAUUUACAUUACAUCCAUACUAAUCUCAAGUCUAUCUCCUUAAGCCUUUAGUUGAGGCUUACAAACCUUUGAAUACAUGUCACUUUACUCACUUUAAUCAUCUCGUUAGGUUUGUGGAAGCACAGAUAAAUAACCUUACCUUUAUCUCGAUUCAUCCUUUGAUCCUUUAUAGCAAACAAAAAGCCUCAGCCGAAUCCUCAACACUCCAGCGUUUGCACACCAUCCAUUGCCCAGGGGGUUUGUCCCACAUAUCCCGACAACGCCCAAGAUGAAUCUCAUCUACUCGACCGUCAACACCAUCCGGGACAGGUACACUCCCGUCAGCCAUACGUCUACCUUUCGAAAGACGGGUCAGAUUACACCGGAGGAGUUCCUAGCUGCUGGCGAUUAUCUCGUCUUCAAGUUCCCAUCUUGGUCUUGGGCAGAUGCCGACUCCGAGUCCAAGCGCGUAAGCUUUCUUCCAGCUGGAAAGCAGUUCCUAGUCACACGAAAUGUUCCCUGCAAUCGUCGUCUUGAUGAUGACUUUGCUGGAGAUGCAGGCCAUGAAGAAGCCGUCGUUGGUGAUGGCGACGACUUUGGUUCCAAAGGCCGCCCGGAUGACGAUGGAUGGCUGCGCACAGGCGGUCUAAGCAGCUCGCAGCCCCUCAAGGCAAAAGAUGUGCGCACUGUCGAUGAUGCCGGCAAUGUAGGAGACAGCAGUCUAGACGAUGAAGAUGAGAUCCCAGAUAUGGAAGACGAUGAUGAUGACGAAGCAAUUAUUCGCGAUACUGAUGCGCACAAGAAACAAGGAGCCCGUCGCACAUACACUCUCUACAUCAUGUACUCCCCCUACUACCGAACCCCCCGCCUCUAUCUCUCGGGCUAUUCCGAAGGGCAACCCCUCCCUCCUCAUCUUAUGAUGGACGACAUCGUUGGCGACUACAAGGACAAGACGGUUACGUUGGAGGACUUCCCUUUCUUCGCCAACAACGUCAAGAUGGCUAGCGUGCACCCCUGCAAGCACGCUUCUGUCAUGAAAACCCUACUCGAUCGCGCAGACGCCGCCCUGAAGAUUCGGCGCGACAAGAUGAAGUCGGGGAAGACUGUCGGAAAUGACCCCGGGAUGGAAGGUUUGGUAGAUGAAAUCAACAAGCUGGAUAUUCGAAGCGCUGAAGCUGCCGCCGAGUCGAGUAAUGACGAUUGGGAGGAGGUAGAGGUGGAGGAUCAGGAGGUAGCCAUCCGAGUCGAUCAAUACCUCGUGGUGUUCCUGAAGUUUAUGGCCAGCGUGACUCCUGGAAUCGAGCACGACUUCACCAUGGGAGUAUAAGUCGUCAUAUAUUGCAAGCAUUUCUCAGGUGUGGACAGGCCUAUUGAUCAUUAGUACCUCUGGGACGGCGUUAUGGUUUGGAUUUGGACGACGGACGGGUAGAGCAUAGGACUUGCAUUAUACCAUCCGACCUCACCCACGAUGAAGGCAACGCCUAGGUGUUUUCUUGGGUCUGUUAAGCUCUUUCGGAGGAACAGGUACUGAAUGGGGAGGGAAACACAAUCUCCAGCAGGGUUAUUUAGAUAUAUAAUGUAGUAUUCGCAAGAUUAACAGGGGCACUUUUUUCUAAGCCAGC